AAGGAGGAUGUGCUUGGCCAAGCCGCUUUUCGCAAGUCACUAUUUUAACCCCCGCAAAAAGGAAAAAGUAUCCCAAGGAAAAAACCUUUAUGAGAUGUAAAAAACGGGACCCAGAUAUACUCGAAGAUACUUUAUAACAAAAAUCACCUAACAUUGUUUACUUGAUGAAUGAAUGCUUCAAGAAUCUCUCAUCAAGAAUUACUGCGUUUCACGGGUCCGGUUCGACUGCAUUCAUUUUUGGAGGAGCGGGCUAACCAAAUCUCAACCUGGAAAAUUGAUCAAUGUUCUGCAAUAUGUUGUUUUAAUCCGAAGAUUUCUCAUUCCAACAUCUAGGCUGCUGCACAACAUUCUACAAAUAAGUAAUGGGGCAUCCUCCGCUUGAGUUCAGCGACUGCUAUGGGGAUAGUCCGGAUUUUAGAGAAAGACUAAAAUGCUAUGAAUUAGAAUUGGAAAGAACAAGCAAAUUUCUCAAAGAUGUAAUCAAAGAUGGCAACAGUGUAAUCAAUGCAAUCAAGGGUUAUUCUGUGGCAGUUCAUAAGUUCUCCCAGACACUCAACGUGUUCCAGUUCGACUUCAUUGGUGAUUCCCUGACAGAUGACGAGAUUAAUAUUGCGGAGUCUUUCCAAGAGUUUGCUGGUCUCCUACAGGAAGUGGAGGAUGACCGGAUGAUGCUGGUUCAGAAUGCUUGUGAUCUGCUUAUCAAGCCACUGGAGAAGUUUCGCAAGGAGCAAAUAGGAGUGACAAAAGAAAGAAGGAAGAAGUUUGAGAAAGAGAGCGAAAAAUAUUACUCUCAGUUAGAUAAACAUCUGAAUUUGUCUGCUAAGAAGAAGGAAACUCAGCUGCAGGAGGCUGACGAGCUGCUGGACAAAGAGAGGCUGAACUUCUAUGAGUCGUCAGUGGAGUAUGUGUACCAGAUCCAGCAGGUGCAGGACCGAAAGAAGUUUGAUGUGGUGGAGCCUGUGCUGGCAUUUCUUCACAGUAUCCUAACACUCAACAACCUGACGGUGGAGAUGACUCAGGACUUCAUGCCCUAUAAGCAGGAGCUGCAGCUCAGCUUGCAGAAUACGCGGAACCACUUUGAGAGCACUCGUGAGGAGAUGGAGGAGCUGAUGAAGAGAAUGAAGCAUCCAACCCAGAUCGGCAAAAUGCACGGCCAGCCAACCAUUGAGGGCUACCUGUACUCUCAGGAGAAGUGGGCCUUGGGUGUGUCAUGGGUGAAGUACUACUGCAAGUAUCACAAAGACAGCAAGCUGUUUGUCAUGGUCCCUGCUGAACCAAAACCCGCAACCAAACAGGGCCCCACAGAGCUGAAGCUUAAAUCCUGCUUCCGCCGAAAGACCGAGUCCAUAGACAAGCGCUUCUGCUUUGAUAUCGAAACUUACGAGAGAAACAUACCUGUCACUCUCCAGGCUGUUUCAGAGGCCAACAGGAAGUUAUGGAUGGAGGCCAUGGAUGGAAAAGAGCCUAUUUAUCAUUCCCCAAUUCACAAACAAGCUGAAAUGGAAUUGAAUGAAGUUGGAUUCAAGUUUGUAAGAAAAUGCAUUAACUUCGUUGAAACUAAAGGACUCACACAAGAAGGAGUAUACAGAACUGUUGGCAGUAACAUCCAAGUGCAGAAGCUUUUAAAUGCUUUCUUUGACCAGAAAUGCCCAGGGGAUGUGGAUUUCCACAGCUGUGACUGGGACAUUAAAACCAUCACAAGUGCCAUGAAGUUUUAUCUCCGGAGUUUAACAGAGCCUCUGAUGACCUACGGUCUCAACAGGGACCUCAUCUUAGCAGCAAAAUCAGAUAGUCUAGAUGAUCGACUGGGUGCAAUCCACUCCCUGACAUACAAACUCCCAGAGAAGAAUCGAGAAAUGCUAAGCCUACUGAUCCAACACCUGGUGAAUGUCUGCAGCAACAGUGGAGACAACCUGAUGACUCCCUCCAACAUGGGUGUGAUCUUUGGCCCCACCCUGAUGAGGGCAGAGGAAGAGACUGUGGCAGCCAUGUUGGAUAUAAAGUUCCAGAACAUUGUUGUUGAGAUUCUAAUCGAGGACUACACCAAGAUCUUCUACACUGCGCCAGAGGAGAGUUCCACAGCCCCACCCAUGCCGCCUCCAAGGAUUACCCCAAGGAAACGGCAACCAAUCACCAUCUCCAAGCGCACGCCCCGCGUCUACCCAGCAGUUAAUUAUGGCCAGCUCCAGAACACUGAGAAUGAGCAGAAUGGUAGCAGACCAGAGGGGGUGGAUGUUGGUGGGGACACCCCAACGAGCCCCACACCUCUCCAGAGGACCAAACCCAUAACUGCCCCUCCACGGCUCCCUCGAGAACCUCCUCAGAGGCAGGCCCUCCUGCCCAGGCCAUCCAUCCGCCAGGACAGACACUCAGACUCUGACGUCGCCAAACUGGUUGCUAAGCUACCGGAUGGAGGUCAGAGGCCAGAUGCAACAGCCAAUGGAGAGACGGGAGUCACUGUGAACCGAGCGCAGUCCUUCCAAGGCAGAAGACCACCUCGAAGUGUUGCGGUCAUUCGAGAAGAAAGUGACGGUGUGAUCAAAACGAGGUCUCCGGCUGAGAAGCCUGCCAUCUGCAGACCUCCAACCAGACCCCCUGACCCCCCUAGCCGAUACCCUGCACCCCACAAGAGCCCCACUGCAACCCCCAGCGAGGACACCCCGGCGUCGUACGUUGCUUCCAAAGCCAAGUUUUUUGAGAAUGCUUCAAGGCAAUUUGGAAGCUCAUCGGUCUCACCUCCAGCAUCUACUUUGCUCAAUGUGAAAGAAGAGGUAUGAUGUCCUAUAAUUUCUUUCUCUCUCCCACCCCCUCCAUUUUGGGAACAGGCAGACAGAGGGAGGGUAAUGGUUUGAGUGAGAUGCUGCAGAGGUGAUUUAGAGGUAGUUGAGAUAAUAGCUUGGCUUCAUACGUGUACCUGAAACUGUAUUUCAGAUGCAUGUUAUUGUUUGAAAUUGGCCUUGCUCAGCUUUUAUGAACUUAUUUGGCCCAUAAAUCUUUGAAAUAGAUUUUACAAAAACGAUUUACUUUGGUUUUGAUUACAAAGUGCAAUCUUUAUUUUCCUUUAUAAUUUAAGUUGAUUAGUCUGUUACCAUGGCCUCUACUCCUGUGGAACUGCAGUGAGUAUCUGGACACACACUGUCCUGUUGUGGAAUGGAGGCAUGCUCUCAGAAUGACAGCACUUUUGUCCUGUCAGUGGAUAUCCUCCUGCUUGUUGUUAUAAGGGACCCAAUUAACAUGUUGUUUAACUUGUGAUAAAGGAGCUCCGGUCUAGAUAGGAUGCCUUUACAUGUCUCCGUCUGAUCCGCAUCUUUUAGCUUUUGGCAUCUGGAUCGAUAUUAUAUGGGAUCAACUCCAAUAUAAUGUGUUAACUAAAUUAAUCCUGGUCCAAGUGGCUAGUUCCAGUAUCCAGGAAUUUGACACACAAUAUUAUGACACGUUUCACAUUCAAUUUCAAACUGCUAAAAAAAAAGCUACUGUAGCUACCUGAUACCAUUUGGAAUUCACAUAUUCUAUAAUGUAGUACCCUAUUGUUCCAGGUUGACAUUAAAGCACCCCAAGUUGCUCAGCUGUAGCACAAUAUUAUUAACUAGCAUCUUAAAUCAAAACUGAUAACAAAAGGUGCAGGUCCUAAGAAAGUCUGAGUUGAGUUAUAUGCAUUGCUAUCUACUCCUGUUCAUGAUGCACUUUGAUGAAUGAAAACAGACCACGGAAAUUCUGAUGUGCUGAAUACCAUAAUACAUUUGGUUAAGCUUGAGGUUAGUCCUACUAUACCAACAAUGAUAAGUAACAAAUUAUCCACACUGUCACACUACAGAAUGCUGUGUCUUUGUUAGAUCUAGUUAGAUGUAUUUCAUCAUUCCCAUGUUCUUAAGAACCCUUAAAGCUGGAAUACGUAGCGGUGAAACUGCCACGUCCAACGAAGAUGUUACUUCAAACAUGUUUUAUUUAUUUUGUAGGACAUCAUUGCACAUCCUUGCACACGCGAUAGAACAGCAGAGUAUGUAAUACAAUUUAUUUUAAAAAUGUUCACCACAAUGCUGGAUGCUCCUCUGUCCUCUUCUUCAUAAACAAAACAUGUAACAAAUGCGCCUGGGGCGACCAGUGGCGCUGUUUCACCUAAUGCGGAGCUCAGCUUUAAGAACUCUUAACUAAAUUAUUUUAGAUUGUGGAAUCCAAAUAACCACUGGUUUAUUAGAAUGAUCAGCAGUUCAAAUGUUUGCAAUUGUUUUUGUUUUUUUUACCGUUUGUUGGUAUCUCUCUGUUUCCAUUUGGGUACUGUCAUUCAUACAACACUCCAAUAUUGUUUAUUUUGGUCCUACUUCGUAUGUAGUGUCACUAAGGCCAUCAUUUACAUGGUAAUUACAUUGGCAGCUACUGUACAUUGUACCUAGUGUGGGGCCAUAUUGCUACAUAGUACUAGCAACUGUUAUACCUGUUAGUGGCUUGCACCAUUGCAGAUAACCUCACAAUGGAGAAUACUGUGUAAUUUUAAGAAAGCAUUAUAUUGUGAAGGGAGGUUUAUGCAAAGCUAAUAUGUAUAGCAUUAAAAAAGUUUGUCUUCAAUGAUUUCUGUCUCAGAAUAUUUUGUGAAUGAUUGACAGCGCAGGUAAGAGCUCAUCAUUAGAAUUCCCAGAGGUUUUUGGCUCAUCUUAAAAUGUUGUCUUCACUCCCAUUUUGAUUUCUGUGAACAUUUGGACAAAGAAACAUUCCUUGUCUUGUCUCUCUUACCUGCUUGAUCCUGUCUGUCAACAAAAUAUUUAACAGCAACAGCUGUAUUGAUGUUUUUAUGUUGAUUGUAUAAAACAAAUAUGCUCUUCAAUGUCCUGUCUUAAACUAAUUGUCAGCUUUUAUUUUUCCAUUGUAUGCAUUGUGUAAGUGUUGUAUUGAUUUAUCAAGAAACAUGCCCCAUGUAUCAGCAUGAAAAGUAAAAUAAAUCAACUUUCCACUCUUUCUCAAAAACA